AUGGGUGAUGUUGAGAAAGGCAAGAAGAUUUCCAUACAGAAGGGUGCCCAGUACCACACUGUAGAGAAGGGAGGCAAACACAAGACUGGGCCAUAUCUGCAUGGUCUGUUUGGGAGGAAGACAGAUCAGGCUGCUGGAUUCUCUUAAGAAUAAACGAUCACCGGGAAAAAGGGUAAGUUGAUGGAGUAUUUGGAGAAUCCCAAGAACAUCCCUGGAACAAAAAUUAUCUUUUCUGACAUCAAGAAGAAGGGAGAAAGGACAGAUCUAACGACUUACCCUAAAAGGGCUUCUAAUGAGUAA